GGUCUCGCGGGCGUCUACACGCACCGACUUGCCAACGAGACAAGGCACGGGAGCGCGGUGCUGACGGCGACGCGUGGCGUCAUGUGUCGCGGGGCGCGCCUCGGCCUGCGCGCUUGCGCGCGUCCUGGGGGCCGCUGACGGGCUUGCGCACCGGUGCGGAGCCGGAGGCGGGCCGCGGGGCCCAACGACGGAGAGGGCGGGGCCAGCUCCGGGACCGAGGCGACAACACAGCGAGCGAGUGCCUGUGCCCGAGGGCAGCGAUGCUGUGGUUCCAGGGCGCCAUUCCAGCCGCCAUCGCGUCGGCCAAGAGGAGCGGCGCGGUCUUCGUGGUGUUCGUGUCAGGUGAUGAUGAGCAGUCUACACAGAUGGCUGCAAGUUGGGAAGAUGAGAAAGUGACAGAAGCGUCUUCAAACAGUUUUGUUGCUAUUAAAAUCGAUACCAAAAGUGAAGCCUGCCUACAAUUUUCACAGAUCUAUCCUGUAGUGUGUGUUCCAUCAAGUUUCUUUAUUGGAGACAGUGGAAUUCCCUUGGAAGUAAUAGCAGGAAGUGUUCCUGCAGAUGAACUUGUUACCAGAAUCCACAAAGUCCGGCAGAUGCACUCGUUAAAAGGUGAAAUAUCAGUGGCAAAUAGUUGCCAGUCAGAAAGUUCAGUCUCUACUCCAUCCACCUCAUUUGAUCAUAACAACACUUCUGAAAACUGUCAGUCCAGAAAUGUAGAGCUCUGUGAGACACCACCCACUUCUGAUACAAAGUCAGAUUCUGCAACAGGAGGAGAAAUUUCAGGCCAGGCCACUGUGUCUCAAGAGCCUGGUGGAUGUUCAAAUCAGAGACCUACAGAGGAGCUCACCGUCAGAGUGGAAAGACUAACCAAAAAACUUGAAGAAAGGAGAGAAGAGAAAAGGAAAGAGGAAGAACAGAGAGAGAUUAAGAAGGAAAUUGAGAGGAGGAAAACUGGAAAAGAAAUGUUGGAUUAUAAAAGAAAGCAAGAAGAAGAAUUAACAAAAAGAAUGUUAGAGGAAAGAAACAGAGAAAAGGCAGAAGAUAGGGCAGCUCGAGAGCGUAUAAAACAGCAGAUUGCACUGGACCGUGCAGAGAGAGCCGCUCGUUUUGCAAAGACAAAGGAAGAAGUAGAAGCUGCUAAAGCUGCUGCCCUGCUGGCCAAACAGGCAGAAAUGGAAAUCAAGAGAGACUCUUCCAUAAAAGAAAGAAGCAGUGUUGCGAGAAUUCAAUUCCGUCUUCCUGAUGGUUCUUCCUUUACAAAUCAGUUCCCUUCUGAUGCUCCUCUAGAAGAAGCAAGGCAGUUUGCUGCACAGACUGUUGGCAACACUUACGGUAAUUUUUCAUUAGCAACAAUGUUUCCCAGGAGGGAAUUUACCAAAGAAGAUUAUAAAAAGAAAUUACUGGAUUUGGAACUUGCCCCAAGUGCUUCAGUGGUCCUGUUGCCAGCAGGAAGACCAACUACAUCCAUGGUACAUUCUUCCAGUGGCGACUUUUGGACAUUCUUGGGGACAGUACUUUACCCAUUCCUUGCCAUCUGGAGAUUGAUCAGCAACUUCUUAUUUAGUCACCCUCCUCCUGCACAGACCUCGGUGAGAGCAGCGUCACUGGAAUCCUCAAACCUUGCAUCGUCCAGCAACUCAGAAAAAAGGGAACCAGUCAGAAAAAGAGUGCUGGAGAAACGGGGGGAAGACUUUAAAAAGGAGGGCAAGAUAUACAGAUUGAGGACUCAAGACGAUGGUGAAGAUGAAAACAACACUUGGAAUGGAAAUUCUACUCAACAGAUGUAGUGUGACAAGUACAAUAUGUGCAGUAAUCAUUGUUUCUCUUAUGAUUUAAUUCAACUAAAAUUCUACUGGAGAAGUGGGACUGCUUUAUGUUUUCCAACUCAUCUACAAAGUGUCUCUUUAUUCCUGCUUAGUGGGUUAAAGUUGUUUAACCUCAGACAAGUCAAGAGAUAAAAUAACUGGCUGCUAGGUCCUUGUAUAUGGUAACCAGCUGCUAGAAGCCUAAAAUAACAAAAGGUCUGCGACAGCCUCCCUUUAUCAGCUUUCUUGUUUAGUGUUUCAUAUGCCCAUUAGCCCUGUGCUCUCAGAUGAUAUGUUUUGUUUAGGGCUGUUUUGCUCCAAAACUCCUCAGCCCACACAGAGUAACUGGUAUGUCACUGAAUAAUUUGAUUUUGAGUCAGAGCGUUUUAACUAGCCAAUCAGAUGAUAAUUUGGGUUUAACUUUUCUCUUCUUGCUCAUCAGCUGCAAGCAAAAUCUUGUAGUUUUUAAUCUUACUUAAACACUGAAUAAAAAAAUCUUUUCCAAAAAUCAGAAUGAUCUUAUCUUUGCUUUAAGUUUUGUUAUCCUAGCAUUUUUUUGUUGCACAGGGCUCUGUGGAGGUCAUGUGUCUCUGAUACCCCCCCCCACCCCCCUGUACUGCCCUGGAACUAUCCCAGGAAAGGAGGUGACCACCUUAUCUUAAAUAUCACUGCAGGAAGAAAUUUUCUGACACACACCGAUGCUAUGUUACUGUCUCUCCUAAGUCAGGGAGGCAUCGCUUUGUUUGCAUAAUGUUAUGGUCUUUGUUCCCAUCGGACAAAACAACUGCUGGUCUACAACUAGUUCUCUGUCACCUUUAUACUGAAGUUUUGCUCUCAGUAAUGAUAAUCACUCUUCAAAGAACUGAAGUGCCUGUAUUGUAGGACAAGAAGUAGGGAAUUAAGAUCUGCCUUUUGCUCAUUUGGUUAUUCUUAAGAAUUUUAGGUUCUUAAUCUGACUAACAUGCUACUGUAUGUUUAUGGUGGUGGAGACACUAAGAAUGUUUGAAAAAGGGAGUAAGUUUGACUGUUCCUCUUCUAACCUUUUGUGUUUAGAUUGGAAUAGAAGGACUCUGACUUUAUUUUGUAAUGGGAGGAAGAAAUUUUCCCAGAGCAAACUUCGUUUUUCACCUAUGAAGUAACAGUGACUUUAAAAAAUGGUAAUAGUGUUGGCAAGGAAACAGUGAGACCAGGUACGUUGUUGGUAGGAAUGAAAACUGGGAUAAUCUUUCUGAAAAACAUUGUCAGAAACCUUAAAUAUUUCAUGCUCUUUGAUCUAAUAAGUUUUUCGAAGGAAUGACCAUAAAUGCAGGCAAAAUUUAGGUAUAAACGUGUUAAGUUUUAUUUAUUUUACUCCAGAAUUAGAAACCAACUAAAUGCCUUCUGCAGAAUUAACUUUUGCUGAGGAGAAAUGGCACAAUACUAAUUCAACAAUUCAGUUUAACAUAUUUAUUGAGUACCUGUUACGCGUUCGGGGGAAAAAAGCAGGAUACAGAGCUGUAAGUACAGUAUGAUCUCAGCUUUAUAAACACAUUUUAUAUAGAGGUAGUACUAUGUAUUAACAUAAUGUAAAGAAAAAAGAAAACGCACCAAACGUUAAUGGUGGUAAGAGUGGUUAUAUAUAAUUUUAGUUCUUUUUUGCAUCCUUAUAUGUUUUCUCAAUUUUCUGUAAUGAAAUUACUUCCAUAAUUUAAAAAGUGAGCUUGAAAAAGAAACAUCUCCAGCAAGCAUCCCAUUUAAGUAAAGGUUUGUCAUCUUUAAAACCAUAGCAGUAUGUGAAUAAAAAACCAAGUUUGCCUUGAAAAAAAAUCAAAUAGAGAUUCUUAGAGAAACGUACAUAAAAGAAUGAUUCACAGUCUUUGAGUAAGAGGAUCCUUCCUCAAUUUUAUAUUUUAAAAAGUGUACGUGGUAAAUUCAAAACCAUAUGGAACGCUAUAAAAUGACAUCCUCCUCUUUGUAUCCUAUCCCCAGUUCUAGUCCCCAGAAGUUAUACCUCUAUUAACAGUUUCUUUUGUAGUUUUCAGAAAAAUUUUAUGCAUACAUAAGCAAAUAUGUAAUCUUUAUUUUUUAAAUAAAUGGGAUCAUAUUAUAUAUAUA